AUGCGGCGAAUGUUCGCGGCGUCGACGCGAUCCUUUUCUCACUCCUUUGAGAGAAGGAGAGGGAGUGACGCAGUGUUUCGCCGGCUUUUUUCCCUAUGGAGGCAGGUAGCGGCCGAGGCCGCGUGUGAGGAGGCAACGCGCCCUCCUUCCCUACCUGAGUCGACAGAAACCGUCUCUCCAUCGUCCCUGCCUCUCCCGCGGUCUUCGUUUCCGCGUCGCCGACCCGCUCCAGUCUCAGAUUCUUCUAGCAGUUUCUCGGCCUCGUGCGCACUCAGCCUCUUGACGUCUCGCUCGCCUUACUCGGCUUCUUCCUUCGUGGCUCGCGCGAGGAGGCUUGCCCUGCCUCUCUCGUCUUCUCGACCGGCGCUGCGGCCUCGCGCUUCUGGCGCAAGUGUCUCAGCGCCUGCCUGCAGCUCCUCCUCCUGCGCUCUCAGCAGCCGCACCUUUAGGAAGGAUCUCCUCUUUGCUCCUUGCUGGGCUGCAGAGGCUGAAAAACCGUGUGCGCCGUCUCGCGCGCUCUCCACAUCCUCCUCUUCUUCUUCUCCUUCCGCUUCUUCCUCUCCCUCGCCGCCGCGAGGCAGCGACUGGAUCUCAGCCUUCAUUCACUCGACAGAGGAGGGCCUUGCGCGCCGCACCAAGCGAAUUCCCCCCACUUCCUUGUCUUCUCCCUCUCGUUCGUCUUCUUCUUCUCCCUCUUCUCCUUCUGCGUCUGUCUCUUCUUCUUCCGCUUCUUCCCCUGGGCGCCGCGGCCCUCUGUUUGCCCAGUUCCGUCGCGUGUCGCGUCUUCCGCUGGAGGCGUCCCUUCAACAGAGUCUGUCGGGUCUGGGGAUUACGCACCUCACUCAGAUCCAGGACGCGUGUUUCCUGCCGAUUCUGCUGGGCAAAGACGUCGCAGCCGCCGCGAAACCCGGCACCGGCAAGACGCUCGCCUACCUCCUCCCUCUGCUGCAGCGUCGCCUGGGACAGGCGCGCGGGUCGGUCGCCGGCGACGCGGCUGGCGAUCUGCUCGCAGAGGGCGCAGAGGCCUCGGCGCUCCCGGGGUCGCCCGGUAGGGGCGGAAGCGGCAGGGGAGGGGGAGGGGGGGGAGGCGGACCCUCUGUGUUGAUCUUGGUGCCCUCCCGCGAGCUCUGCCGGCAGGUGGCGGCGACGGUCGCGGCGCUAGCGCCGACGCUCUCGCAGGUCAUUUUGGAUUCCGCCUACUCGUCGCUGCAGACGCAAGAGCUGCUUCUCGCGGCCUCCCGCCGCAGCGGGCGCCUCGACCUCGUGAUCGGCACGCCCGAACGGUGCGAGAAGCUCUUCCGCGCAGGGCACCUUCGCCUGGGAGCCUUGAAGACCUGCGUCGUCGACGAGGCGGACGCGCUUCUCCGCCGCGGCUACGCCGAGGCGAUGAGCGCGCUCUUCUUCGCCAAGGGGGAGGCAGAAGCAGCGGAGACGCAGCGCAGCGCAGACGGCAAGCAGGACGUGACGCGCGAGGCGAAGGCGCGCGAGUAUCCGCGCCAGCGCGUUCAAACCCUGAUCUUCACCGCCGCGCUCCCCAGAGACCUCGAGCAGCUCUUCGACGCGCACUUCAAACACGCCACAGUCAUCAACCUGCUCAAAAAAGCUGCGCGCCUCCCGUCAGGGCAUCAGGCUGCGGCGGCGUCUCCUCUCUUGCCGUCGCCUGCGGGUGAAGCGGAGGGCGAGACGCAGGCUCGGGCUAACGAUUCUGAGGGAGAGGCCCCCUCCGCAGCGUCGCUCUGCAGCGACACUGUGCGGCAUCUCACGUGCAAAAUCUCCUCGAAGCGCGGCGCCCACUGCGAAAGUGAAACGCGCCUCCGCGUGCUGCUCUACUUGCUGGCAAAGGCUCUCCCUGCCUCCGCGCAGAGGCGGCGCUCUCCCCACUUCCAGCAGGUUGGUCGCGAGGGCGACAGCGCGGAUGCAGAGAAGCAGAAAAACGCGCGCGCGGGCGAGGCAAGGGUCGCCGGCAGCGGAGGUGCCGCGGGCGGCAUUGAGCUACUCGAAGAGGGCGACAAAAUCGAAGAAGCAAAGUGCAUCGUUGAGCAACUUGUCCAGCAUCCUUUCUUGAGCUCCUGGCGAGUCGCGGCGUUGCAUGCUGGGCUGGAGCACGAGCAGCGAGACGCGAAUCUCAGCCGAUUUCGAAGUGGCGAGGCUUCAAUUUUGAUUUCAACUGACGUCGCGGCGCGCGGCAUCGACGUCCCGUCCGUCACGCUCGUAGUCCAGCUGCGGCCUCCGCUUGACCCGACGACCUACAUUCACCGCUCGGGACGCGCAGGCCGCGGCGGGCGCGCGGGCGACAGCGUGAUGCUCUACAGCGCCACAGAGCGCGAGCGGAUUUCUCGGAUUUCGCAGGAGACGCAGGUUUCGUUUAUCAACUUGCCUCCGCCCACGCAGGUGCAGGAGCAGGAAACGACGAUUUCGCGACUUCUGUACGAGAUCCUCGACGUGAAGGCCGAGGUCUCCGCUCCGUUCCUCUCUCGCGCGGAGGCGCUGCUCAACGCCCAUGGAUCAGCGGUAUUCGCGGCGGCACUCGCCUUCCUCCACGGUUCUCACCGGCUGCCGCGGCUGCAGCGCGGCGCGGCGGGCAACGCGCGCAGCGAGGACGAAGCUGUUUCGCGUUCAGUUCUCUCAGGCCGGAAGGGCUACGUCGCUGUGCUCCUCUACGACCCCACACACGAGAGGAUACAAUCCAUUUCUGCGGCAGCUCGCUACUUGCGGCAGCGCCUUCCGGAUUCCGCAAAACUGGACGCUGUAGGGCUCGUUUCGAAGAGCACAAACGGCUACGUAGGAGACGUCGCAGUGGUCUACGCGGACCAAGUCGUGGAUGACGGCGACGCGUUUUCAGAGCCGCGCGCCUCAGCCGCCUCCAUCGGCGCGAUCAACGGGCCACCAGUCUAUCCUCUUGAGCAGAUGCCGAGGCUCCUCCUCUCCGAUGAAGCCAAGCGCCUCGGCCGGCGCCGCAAGCGCGUGAAGCUGCCGUGGGAGAAAAUGAAGCGCGCGCAUUCGCGUGCAGCGAUCUUGUUGGGUUCCCGGCGCAAAGGGGAAGUCCUCAAUUCGGUUGCGGCGAUCAAACAACACCAGAGAAACAUAUCAAGAAUGUGA